AUUGCGGAGGUAACAUCACUCUGCGGGUUCAGGGUUCCGCCUCUAAACUAGCUAGCUAAAUAAAUGGUUAUCCCUCUACCCAAAACAAACGAAUUUCCUUUUUAUAAGACCCAUUGGAAUAAAGCAGCAAUUCACUAUUGCACUCUGCAGUAGAUAUUUAAGAAAACAUGGCUGGACGUCUACCGGCUUGUGUAGUUGACUGUGGCACAGGGUACACAAAGAUUGGAUAUGCUGGAAACACAGAGCCACAGUUUAUUGUUCCUUCAUGUAUUGCCAUCAAAGAGUCGGCCAAGGUUGGAGACCAAGCCCAGCGCAGGAUGACGAAGGGGGUGGACGAUCUGGACUUUUACAUCGGUGACGAGGCAAUAGACAAACCAAAUUAUGCAACAAAGUGGCCCAUUCGUCAUGGGAUCGUGGAUGACUGGGAUCUCAUGGAGAGGUUCAUGGAACAGGUCAUCUUCAAGUAUCUGCGGGCAGAGCCCGAAGACCACUACUUCCUCUUGACCGAGCCUCCUCUGAAUACCCCUGAAAACCGAGAGUACACAGCAGAGAUUAUGUUUGAGUCCUUCAACGUUCCAGGUCUUUACAUCGCUGUGCAGGCGGUCCUGGCGCUGGCAGCCUCAUGGACCUCCAGACAAUUAGGCGAGAGGACCCUAACGGGGACGGUGAUUGACAGCGGUGACGGGGUCACCCACGUCAUCCCAGUGGCAGAAGGCUACGUCAUCGGUAGCUGUAUAAAGCACAUCCCCAUCGCUGGUCGAGACAUCACCUACUUCACCCAGCAGCUGCUGAGAGAGCGGGAGGUGGGCAUCCCACCAGAGCAGUCAUUGGAAACAGCCAAAGCCAUCAAGGAAAGGUUCAGUUAUGUCUGCCCUGACCUGGUGAAAGAGUUCAACAAGUACGAUACGGACGGCUCUAAGUGGAUCAAGCAGUACACGGGCAUCAACUCCAUCAGCAAGAAGGAGUUCACCAUCGACGUGGGCUACGAGCGCUUCCUUGGCCCUGAGAUCUUCUUCCACCCAGAGUUUGCCAACCCCGACUUCACCCAACCCAUCUCCGAGGUUGUUGAUGAAGUCAUUCAGAACUGCCCUAUUGACGUCAGACGUCCCCUCUAUAAGAACAUUGUGCUCUCUGGAGGAUCCACUAUGUUCAGAGACUUUGGCCGACGUCUGCAGAGGGACCUGAAAAGGACAGUGGAUGGCAGACUGAAACUCAGUGAGGAACUGAGCGGUGGCAAGCUGAAGCCCAAACCCGUCGACGUGCAAGUCAUCACUCACCACAUGCAGAGAUAUGCUGUUUGGUUCGGCGGGUCUAUGUUGGCAUCAACUCCGGAGUUUUACCAAGUGUGCCACACCAAAAAAGACUAUGAGGAAAUCGGACCGAGCAUUUGCCGCCAUAACCCUGUCUUCGGGGUCAUGUCUUAAAAAGGACUUUCCUCAGUUAUCACUGGAGCUUGCAGUUUGGAGCAGAGUGGACGGACAGAGGCAGAGUGGCAUUACUGCACUACGGUCGCUGCUUAAUCCAGCCUAUUUCCAGGGCUACGGUUAAAGACAAAAUACAGGAAGAGAAUGACAGAAAUAGAAUGACUAGAUUCUAUUCCUAUGGAGAAUGACUCAUUCAUCAACUGCAGACCAACUAUCAGGCUGACAAACGGGGGGUGAAUAUCUAUGUAAAAGAGAAGGAAAUGGGGUCUUAAAGCAUUUUCAGAGCAAUUGUGUGGACACAGAAUAAUGUGCAAGAUAAUAAAGGCAACUCAUGUAUGGUUAAGUA